AUGCGGCUCCCUGGGCCCUCGAUGCCCUCACAACGCCAAAGUCAGACAGCAGCCGGCAUUGCCCUCGUCAUCUUGGCCCUCUUCACAGCCUUUGCUGUGACCCAGGCUGUCCGACCAUCCCAGGACGAGUCAACCCUCUCCCAGAAGGACAAUAUCGUCCAGGCCAGGCAAUUCCUUCCAUGGAUCAUUGGCGGUGGUCAAACUACCACCAUUGCGAAUCCUGCUCAACCCGCCAUCGCUACUCCUCUCCCUGCGGUUGCACCACCCACUCCCAAUAACCAACAACAGCAAGGUCCUCUUGGCGGCGUCAUUCCUCAAGUUGGUCAUGUUAUUCCCAGUCUGCUAGCUUCUUUGACUUCAGCACUUGCGGCGGUGGUAACUCCGGUUCCAUCCAUCAUCAACCCUGGAAAUGUCGUACCGGUUGUCACCAAUGUUGUACCCGCGCCGGUUGAGUCCAUACUCCAGCCUGGCGGCGGCCCCGUUAUCCCAACCGCCAUCCCCAACGUUGAAGGAUCCAAUGGUGGACUCCUGCCUCCGAUUCAGAGUGCAGUCAACAGCAUCGUCGGUGCUGGUGGCUCCGCUGUACCUCUGCCUACCGGGGCUGGACUGCCUGUGCCUCUUCCGACACAAGUCGUUGGCGGCAUCCCGGUCUCUGAAGUCACUGCGGCUAUUGGAAACGGCGCCUCCAUCAUCACCAACAUCCCAGAAGUGCUUGUCAGCGUUGUAUCCUCCAUCGUCGGCCAUAUUCCUUCGGCUGUUAACAAUCUUCCCUCGGCAAUUCCCGUAUCUGACGUCGUCGGUGCUACCGAAGUCGUCCCAGGUCUAUCGUCUUUAGUAGAAAGUGUUCUGCAGUCAGCUUCAGUCAUUAUGCCGCUUCCGACAACAGCUCCUCAACUCCCUGAAGACUUGCCUACCGACGGAAAUCUUUGCACUGGAGUCCUGUAUCAGAGCUGGAUUCCUACUUUCAUUGCUGUUCCUUGCCCGGGAAAGUCUUCUUCUCCCGCCACGUCGGCGGCACCUUUGUCUAACGCCCCAGCUUCGAAUUCUGCAGUCGUCCCAGCAAACCCUCCUGUAUCUUCUCAAGUCGGACUUUUCACUCCUGCAGCAACUCCGACAGCUGGACCUUCGCAGACGCCCUCAACAGCAUCGUCUCCGGCUGGUGGCGCAACUGCUAUACCUCCUGCCAGCAAUCCUUCGACGCAAGGUGGAGCCGGAGGCCCUGGCAACAAUGGCCGACCACAGAAUACUGCUCCAGCAGGUCAGCCUCAAUCACCUGUGCAAUCUUUGAAUCCGGUAGAUCCUAAGCCAGCCAACCCUUCAACUGCUGCCACUCAAGCCCCCAACCAGGGAAGUGGUGGUGCAGGAGGUCCGUCACCGGCACCAGCUCCCGCAGCCAGCCCCCUAACGACGUUGACUGUCGCUGCCGGAUCACCUGUCUCCAGUCCAAACGGCGUGCCAGCCAACGACGGAAACGGCCAGAACCCUUCUCCGACCUCUCAGACAGGCGGCUCGGUCUUCGGAGUUGACGAGGGACAAGAUCCUUCCUCUGGAAACAGCAUACCACCAGGCACACCAGUCAUCCCCAUUUCCGAUUGCCCUGCCGUUGUCCAAUGCCCUGCAUGCCCGGCUUCCCCAGCAAAGCCUCCUUCCGGCUCAUGUCCUUGCCCUGGUCGAGGCUACUCUUGUUCAGAGUGUCUCAAUGGAUGGUUUUGUCCCCCAGAGAAAACCCCAAUGCUGCCAGCGCCUUGCGGAAUGGGGUGGCCUUGCUACCAUUGCAAAGGUGGCUGGUACUGCGCUCCCGACAACAACAACAUGGCACCCGCUGCUGCAAACGAUCCUCCUGUCGUUGUGAUCAAGACUGUAACAGCUUUUGUCGCUCCCCAACCCACUGGAGUUGGCAAUGGUGGCACCGGAGACGGUAGCAACAACAACGGUUCUGGCAACGGUGGUAAUGGCAACGGGGGCAACGGUAACGGAGCGCCUGGCAAUGGUGACCCUGGCGCUGGCAAUGGUGGCUCUCCGGCUACAUCUACGCCUUGCACGACGGCAAGCAAUGGUCAGUUCACCGGCCCUCCGGGAAAUGGUGCCGGCUCGGCCCCCAAACCCAGCCCGGACAACUCUGGCAGCGGCAAUGGCAAUGGCAAUGGCAAUGGUAACGGCAACGGGAACGGCAACAACGAUCAUGGCAGCGGCAACGCAGGCAACGGUAAUCCUGGCAACCCCGCAUCAACGCCUUGCACAACCACCGGCGGCCAACCCACGGGUUCAUCUGGGUCUGAUGGUGGCUCUGGAGAUGGUUCUGGAACUAGUGGCCCUGCAAACGUCCCCGAACCACCGGCUACAUCUCCUGCUCCCCCUCCCUCCAAUCCAAACCCUCCAGCCAGCCCUGGCCAACCUCCCAGUCCUGUCUCCCCGGCACCUAACGGAAAUCCUCCAGCUGGUUACGGCAAUUCCCCUGCGAACCCUGCCAACGGCAACCCAGAUAAUAGAUCUGGUAACGGCUCAGGCUCAGGUGCACCAAGCGGCAACGGAGCACCUGGCAACACCGGCACUUCAAUUCCAGGACCCGGCAGCAACGCAGGCGCAGGAUCUGGCAAUGGAUUUCCGGAUAGCAGUGAAUCUCAACCCGCUCCUGAGGUUACUGGCUGGGAGUAUCUUGGAUGUUUCAAGGACUCUGCCGUUCGAACGCUCGAUGGCGACCCAUCCAUCUAUUUCACAGGGAGCAUGUCAAAUGAGAAGUGCAUCGCACACUGUGGCUCGAUGGGGUUCCAGCUCGCCGGCACGGAGUACGGCAAGGAGUGUUGGUGUGGGACUGCGUUCCAGCUGGCCGUACGCAUCCCGGAAGAGCAGUGCAACGAAGUUUGCGAUGGCAAGUCAAACGACAUCUGUGGAGGUGAUUGGGCUGUCACCGUUUACAGUAAAACCGGCCGGGCGUUGAGCUUGCCGUCCGAUGACGAUGUUGCCAAUGGCGCCGGUGGUGGCAACGGUAACGGCAAUGGCAACGGCAACAGUGGAUCCGGCACCGGAAACAAUGGAGGUGCCGGCAACCCACCAUCUGCCCCCCAGAAUCCUGCCCCGGGACCUCCUGCAGGACCUCCUGCCGCACCGCCGGCAUCACCCCCUCAGACACCAGGUCAAGCUCAGCCUCCACCACCUCCGGCAGGAAAUCCUCAAGACAGCAGCACUCCUCCCGUAUCUCCAAACCCUGCACCACAGCCUCAGAUCGACAUUGCUUCUCUCAUCCAGAGCAUCAUCAAUGCGCUGCCCAAGAGCAGCCCUGAUGGUGCGUACGGCAGCAGUCUGGGAGCAAGGGACUCUGGGGCGUCUGGCAGCAAUGGACCCGCGCUUCCUGUCAACUCUGCUGUUCCCGAUAACAAUGCAGGAGGUUCGCCGAUGAUGGGUCCGGGUCCAAUCAACCCUAUGGAAGGACUCAGCCGCUAUGGUGACGAAAAGAAGGUGAUGCCAAGCCGGAACAUGAAGCGCAGCAGUAUCAUAGGGCGGCGAGCGGCCGCGAGGUUUGACGGUAUUGUCUGCGUUGGAGAAGAUGAGAAUGAUGGUGAUUGCUUGGCGAAGGCUGAAGUUUAG